AAUACCGCGAAGGUUUGGGGAGAUUUCCCAAUAUUGUCCCAUUUUUUACCCGACACCGACGAUGGCCCAGGGCCCAGGACCGACGGCCGACGGACUCUCAGUAAAAGUGACGGGUUAUGGUUAAUCUCUACUAUGACACUUUGUAUAAGAAAUGAGAACGAGGUCGAUAUGAUAAAAAGUCUUUAUCUUGAACCGCAAAACGAUACCAACGAAUUCAUCUGAACUUGCUCUCAAAAUGCCGGUAUCUUUCGAAGGUCUUGCUUACGAACGUAUAUUGUUCAAACCUGUGGAUAACUGUGAAGAUGGGGGUUUGCAUGCUGAUGUCUAUCUCCCCACUGAGAAGAAGAAUGGGUAUACUUCCUGGCCUGUCGCUAUGGCCAUCCACGGUGGUGGAUUCUGUCUUGGUGAUACAAAACAUAUAUUUGUCGGUCACUUUGAGUACCUAUUGGAACAAGGUUUCUGCGUUGUAGUGGUCGAAUACCGUCUUGCCCCUCACGCACAUCAGAAAGAACAACGUGAAGAUUGGGUAGACGCAUACAAAUGGAUCACCAGUCCUAAAGGUCUUAACGCGGCUCUUGGUUCUAAAGGUCAAGUAGACCGUGAGAGAGUGUUCGUCUGUGGAGCCAGUGCAGGUGGAGUGGCAUGUUGGUUCCUCACCAUCGAUCUUCUCGCUGCUAAAUUACCACUUCCCAAAGCUCUCUAUGUUAUUUACCCGGUUACAGACCUCAACUUGCAGUUACCUAAUCCUCCGGUAACUCCUCAACCAUUUUCAAAGUUCCCCGAAUUGGUCAAACAGCUCAGCGAGAAGGAACAGCAACAAAUCAAAGAGUUAUUUGAGGGUCCUAUUGGUACUGGAUUUUCUCUUCGCGGAGAGUUCGACCGUCCAGUUCAUCCUCGACGUGUUUGGUUCGAUUUUGCCGCCAGUAAUGGUAUGCUCGUGCCUCAAUGGGUCGACGAGUUCCCUCCUCCUUACUCUCCGGAGAAGAACAUGAUCACCCAAUUUUCAUCUGAUUUCCCUCCCACGGUACUCAUCAAAGCCAUGGCAGACAAGUUAGUCCCUACCGAACACACACAAUCGGCGUACGACAAACUCACAGAGCUGGGUGUCGAGACCAAGCUCUUCGAAGCGCGCGGGAUGGAACAUGGAGAUGUGGAGGAAACCACACGUAUCCUACAACGUUGGGGACGUGAAUUGGCACACGUCUGGUGGGAAGAAGCAUACAAACCCGCCACUGACUUUUGCAUUGCUAAAUGUCGUGCUUGAAUAAAAUGUAUCGAGUCAGAUCAUGAUAGUUUUGUGUCUCUAGGGUGACCGGCAUGUAUCUGAUUUGCAAUGA